AUGUCCUUCAAUAAGGAGAUGGAGCAAGACGCCUUGCUAUCAGAAGACGCAAAUAGGUCUUCUUUCUCUGAUUCAAAUGUUGAGUCACAAACUGAGACGCAUCCUUUCAUACAACCACCCGGAAAGGCUACUUUUUCAAACCUGUUUCCAUGGCAAGCUAUUCUGAUACACACGUGUAUUUUUAUUGUUUAUAGCAUAUUGAUGCUACUCCUCGUAGUUCCUGUCUGGAAUUCCCGUGAGAGAGAAGUCGCAUACAUCCCGUUUAAUCCUGGACCACAGGCCCAGGUAUUCCAGCACAAACACUCGGUCUAUGUUGGCAAACCGUCAUCUCAGCUAGAUGAGGCAUGGAAGGAAAUGCUAAAAAACUCUAAUAUUCGCAUUAAAGAAGAUGAGAUGAAUCACAUACCUGGUAGAAAGGAGCAGGCCAUCGAGCUGCCCGAUGGAGGUUAUUUUGCGACACUCAACGUUUACCACAAUCUUCACUGCAUUAAACGCCUUCAUCAUUAUAUGUAUCCAGAUUACUACUUCCCUAAUAUCACAGAAGAACAAAAGAGGGCGAAUGAGUACCACAACCAUCAUUGUUUAGAUAUGCUUCGACAGAGCAUCAUGUGUCAAGGCGAUAUGCAGCUUCUGACGAUGAAAUGGCGGCAGGAUGGCCGUAUUCCAACCGCAAACUUCACAUCACCUCAUCAGUGCGUUAAUUGGGGUAGAUUGGAGAGCUGGGCUACCAGCCGGAGGAUUGUCCAUCUAAUGGAUCCUGGAUAUUUGAACCAUCCGACUUUAGGGCCAGCGUAUCCUGAUGGUCAUGGAGAUCUGAUUGGAGAGUUUUUAGGACAUAGCAACGCCUCGACAAGUAAAGAUCAGGUUCAAUAA